UUUGUUCUUUCAUUUUUUUGAGCAUUUCGCCUUCCCCUCUUGAGGGUUGAUGGGUUUUGACCGAAGCUUCGCUUCUCGUUGUGCCUUUUCCAAUCUCAAGUUCGUGUGAAAAGGCGAGGUCAAGACAGCAACAUCACCUCAGUUGAUUCAUAUCUGCUCCUUGUCAUACAGGAAAGUGCUUAUUUCUUAAAAGACAGGAGGUUUGAUAGGUCGUGGUGUAAGACACUUGUCUAGUCGUGUCUUCCUUUUUGAGAUUGAUGUUAUUGGGUCCUUAAUAUCGCAAAGAGAAAUAGCCUGGUGAGCAUUGGGGAUCUACUACGGAUUAUGGAGUGCAAUAAAGAUGAGUCUGUUAGGGCAAAAGUGAUUGCUGAGAGAAAGUUAACAGAGAAGGAUUUUGGUGGUGCAAAGAAAUUUGCCAUGAAAGCCCAAUCCUUAUAUCCUGGGCUUGAAGGUCUUUCCCAAAUGUUGACAAUUGUUGAUGUUUAUAUUGCUGCUGAAAAUAAAGUAAGUGGGGAAGUUGAUUGGUAUGGCAUUCUUGGUGUAAAUCCCUCUGCCGAUGAUGACACAGUGAGAAAACAAUAUAGAAAAUUGGCUCUCAUGCUUCACCCUGAUAAAAACAAAUCUAUUGGAGCAGAUGGUGCAUUUAAGCUUAUUUCUGAGGCGUGGAGUUUGUUGUCUGAUAAGGCAAAAAGGUUGGCUUAUAAUGAACGGAGAAGUUCAAAAGGGUUCCAUCAGAAAGUUCCAGUCCAGAGCGGAGGUCCUUCAGCACCUCCAACUGCAAAUGGUUUUCACAAUUUCUCAAAUAGAGCAUCAUCAAAUGCAAGGAUGCAGACCAAUACUGCUCAGAUGCGGCCUACUUCAGUUGGUACGUCCCAUCGAAGAGCUGAUACAUUUUGGACUAUCUGCCACCGAUGCAGCAUGCACUAUGAGUACCUUAGGAUUUAUCUCAACCAUAAUCUCCUCUGCCCCAACUGUCGUCAAGCUUUCAUGGCUUCAGAAACUGGUCCGCCCGCCAGUUUCUCUAACCCAUCUGGUUCACCAUCUCAGCAAAGGUAUCAAAACCCAAAUCAUCAUGCUCCCUAUGGUAAUAGAUUUGAUCCAGGAAGAUAUGCUGGAGCUACUCAAAAUCCAGAACAAGGAAGGCCAAUUUUAUUUAGCCACACAAACAUCCAGCAGGGUUCUUUUGCAAGAACAGCGGGUGUGGCAAGAACAGUCUCACCCCCUGCAGCUGCAAAUGUUGUUCAGCAGGAAAAUGAGAAGCUGAAGAGAAAGCGUGAGGAGGCACUGGCUGGUGGUGGUGGGGAGAUGCAUUUGAAAAAGAGGGGAGGACUAGAUAGCAUAAGUAAUGGUAAUGGAGGGAACACAGCAAGUCAUAAACAGAUGGGAAAUGGUGGAGCAGGUAUGGGAGGCGUAUUUAGAUUCAGAAAGGGUGGUCUUGAAACUGAUAGGGCCCAUGGCUUUUCUGGAGGUUAUAGCAAGCCUAACAGCACCAGAGAGUUGACACAGCUUGAAACGCGGAACAUGCUGAUGAAAAAAGCUUGCACAGAAAUUUCCAAGAAGCUGAAUGAAUGGAACUCAGAGACUCCAACAAAGGCUGGGGAAAUAAAGAAAGAGAAGCUGAAGGUAAAAGAAAAGGAGAAAAUGAAAAACUUUCUGAAAGAUAACAUGCAUGAACUCAAUGGAAAUGGAGUGUCUUCUCGUACCAAGGAAAGACAACAAGACAAGAAACGUUCCACCAGUACUUCUGCUGAUGAUACGGGGAAACAGAACCCAGAACUACUAUCAAUUAAUGUCCCAGAUCCUGAUUUUCAUGAUUUUGACCUGGACCGGUCAGAAAGUUCUUUUGGAGAUAGCCAAGUGUGGGCUGCUUAUGAUGAUGAUGAUGGCAUGCCGCGGUUCUAUGCUAUGAUUCAUAAGGUAAUAUCCUUGAAACCAUUCAAGAUGCGCAUAAGUUGGCUUAACUCAAAAACCAACAGUGAAUUCGGUCCAAUAGAUUGGGUAGGUUCUGGUUUCACUAAAACUUGUGGGGAUCUUAGGAUUGGAAAAUAUGAGAUGAACAAAUCUCUAAAUUCAUUUUCCCACAAAGUUAAGUGGGAAAAGGGUCCACGUGGGACCAUUUGUAUAUAUCCCAAAAAGGGGGAUGUGUGGGCUCUCUACAGAAACUGGUCUCCUGAUUGGAAUGCACAUACCCCAGAUGAAGUGAUACACAAAUAUGACAUGGUGGAAGUGCUUGAAGACUAUAGUGAGGAUCAAGGUGUCUCUGUUGCUCCUCUUGUUAAGGUUGCUGGUUUCAGGACAGUAUUUUGUACAGAUAUGGACCCUGAGAAAGUAAGAAAAAUACCAAAAGAGGAGAUGUUCCGCUUAUCGCAUCAGGUUCCAAAUUAUUUGCUGACCGGCCUUGAAGCUCAAAAUGCUCCUAAAGGCUGCCAAGAGCUGGAUCCAGCAGCUACCCCUUUGGAACUUCUUCAAGUCAUUGUGGAAGGUAAUGGGGUGACAAUAGAGGAAAAUCGUGGGAAAGCUGGGAAGGUGUUGUUGCAGAGCUCUACAGAAACUAGAGUGGAUGAGAUUGGGAAAAAUAUUAAAAGGACCAAGGACGAAGAGUUGGGAGCAAAAAAUGAAGAAACCAAGGAGAAACAACAGGUUCAUGAAGCUGGGAAAGAGAUGUUGCAGAGCACUACAGAAACGAAGGUUGAUGAGAUUGCAAUAAACGUGAAAAAGACCAAGGAAGAAGAAUUGGGAGGAAACAAUGCAGAAACCAAGGUGAAACAACAGGCUUCAUGAGGUAGAAGCAGAAGCAGCAAUAAUCGAUGAUGCCAAAAAGGCUGGGGCAGACUUUCAAGGUUUGCUUAAAACGCACUGUUAGUUGGGUUUUUUCUUUUUGUUGGCCUGACUAGAAUUUAAAGUAGAAGACAUUUUAGCACAUUCGCACAAAGUGGACUACAGGUUAAUAUUGGCAUUCUUAGUUUUUUUGGCUUUGUAAGUUGAAACUAUAGAAUUUCUGAAUUUAUCAUCCACAAAAUCAUGUCUAACACAAAUUUUUGUCUGCAAA